AUGCGUAGCAUAGUACUUUUGUUUGUUUACACUGUUUGUGCGUCAGAUCUCACAGAGUACUAUGAUAAACGGUACAAAAUCCUACUUGACGAAGCCCUUUUAACUGUAGGCGGUAACAUUUCCCUCAGCGAUAAGGAAACCGCGGUCAACAACUGCCUGAUGAGGCACAAGUUCAACGAAAUUGAUUAUUGGUUGAACAACCCUAGAUAUUUUAACUGUUCACACCAUUACUUCGCUUAUAAAGACAACAUCCCAUCUUCUAAAGUGUACAAGAUUAUAAAGAAUAUACCUAAAGGAGCUGCACUACAUGUCCACGACAUGGGACUCCUAGGCCCCGAUUAUCUUAUGAACGUGACGUAUUUAGAGAAUCUCUAUGUUUGCUUCGGAAGCAAUUUGCUUUUAACCUUUGCCAGUAAAAAGCCAAAUACGUCUUGUGAAAGUCAAUGGCAACUUAUGAGCGAAGCUAGACGUGCAUCUAAUAAUAUUGCUAAAUUCGACGCGGAGUUGAAAAAACAUUUUACAUUAGUAGUAAAGAACCCUGACGAAGUUUACCCGAGUAUAAAAGAAACUUGGGGAGCAUUUAUGCAGUACUUCAUUACUGUCGCACCAAUGCUCUCUUACAGGCCAAUAUGGGAGCAAUAUUUCUAUGACGCAUUAAAGAAAUUCAGAGAAGACAAUAUCAUGUACAUUGAAGUGAGAAGUAUCCUGCCCAGUUUGUAUGAGUUAGAUGGCACAACUUAUGAUCCAUUGAUCACAGCCAGAACUUAUAAGAAGGUGAUAAAACAGUUUAUGAGAGAACAUAAAGACUUUAUAGGGGCGAAACUAAUAUAUGCACCUUCGAGGCGAGUGAAUAAUGCAAAAUUAGAAGACUAUAUCUUGUUAGCGAGAAGGAUUAAGGAGAGUAUGCCUGAUACUUUUGCCGGCUUCGAUUUAGUAGGACAAGAAGAUAUAGGAAGCCCGUUAAUAGAGUUCGUCCCUAGAUUAUUGGAAACUUCUUCGGAGAUGAGUUAUUUCUUUCACGCAGGAGAAACUGAUUGGUACGGAACAUUAACUGACGAAAAUCUUGUAGAUGCAAUUUUGCUUGGAGCGAAAAGAAUUGGUCAUGCUUACGCUCUUCCCAAGCAUCCUGUUAUUUUAAACGAAGUGAUAAAAAGAGAUAUUGGCUUGGAAAUAAACGUAAUAUCAAAUACAGUUCUAUCUUUAGUGCGUGAUAUACGUAACCAUCCCUUGAGUACUUUCCUUGCUCAAGGGUUGCCAGUUGUACUCUCGAGUGACGAUCCUGGAGUAUGGGAGGCCGAUCCUUUGUCUGAGGAUUUUUACAUAGCCUUUGUCGCGGUAGCUAGUAGACUGUCGGAUUUAAGAAUGCUUAAACAACUGGCUCUGAAUUCUAUAAAAUACAGCGCUCUCGACUCCGCAUCUAAAUCUCGCGCAUUGCGCACUUUUCACUUUAAAUGGAAUGAUUUUAUUAAUAAUUUUAAUUGUUCUAUGUAUUAA